AUGUCCCUCCCUGACCUCCUCGCCCUCUUGACCACCUCGAUAAACAACCUGACCUCGCAAUACGCCUCAGCUGGCCAUGCCCUUCCAUCACUAGACACCCCAUAUGAUCCAAAGAGCCCAGCGGAGACAUUCCGCUUAGGAAACACAGCCGUCGUCGACGCGACGAAGGAAAUAAUAGCGGCCGCAAGCCAGAUUAUUGUGGCUGUCCGUGACCCAGUUGUAGGGCUUUUCCUGAGCGCGCAUUCGGGUGCUUCCGCGGAGAAAAUUGCGUCUUAUAGUGGAGUAGAUGCUGGACUUUUGGAACGCGUCCUUCGACUCCUUGCAACGCAUCAUAUUUUCCGCGAAAUUGGCCCCGGAAUUUUCACCAACAACCGUGUGUCGUCUGCAAUGGACAAGGGAAAGAGUGUCAAAGACUUAUUGGAGCGACCUAGUGAACGUUUCAGCGAGCCACAGUCUGGACGAGCGGCUCAUGUCGAAUUCCUAGCAGACGAGUGCUUCAGAAGCGCAUCAGUGCUUGCUGACACCAUGCGCGAUCCCAAAGCCUCCGCUCCCCUGCUUCAGGCCUUCAACCAGCCCCCCACCGCGAAUCUGUUUUCCUUCCUGGAAACCUCCCCCGCCCGUCUGGGGCGCUUUUCCAUUGCGAUGGACGUGACCAUGACUACGAACCAGCUGGCGGAUGGGUACCCAUGGGUAAAGCUCGCCACAGGCGAUAAGAAGCUCGUCGUCGAUGUUGGAGCGGGAAUGGGAGGGUACAUCAUGGGGGUCGCCCGCCAGCUCGGGUCCAGCGACAAGAUCGAGUUUGUGAUUCAAGAUCGGGAGAAGACGGUCGUGAAGGCUCGCAAGAACUGGGAAGAGCAUCUGCCUGAGGUCGUCACGAAAGGCCUGGUCAAGUUCGAACCGCAAGACUUCUUUAAUGCACAACCGUCGCGAUCAGCACCCGUGUCGGUCUUUGUCCUGCGUCACAUCCUCCAUAAUUGGCCAAACGCCAAAGCCACCCAGAUCCUCCGCCGCCUGCGGGAUGCCGCGUCAGCAGAAACACAGCUGCUCAUCAUUGACCGGGUCGUCCGGCCCGCGUCCCUUGUCGAGUCUGCCCACCCCGAGAUCGUCGAAAGCAUUCCCGGCGCAAAACUCGCCCCCGCGCCGGCCCCCCUGCUGCCGAAUUGGGGUGUGGCUGGCCAGAUGAUGUACCAUUAUGAUCUAACUAUGCAUAAUUUGCUGGGAGCGACUGAGCGCACGGUAGAUGGGUUCGUUGCGCUUUUGCGUGGUGCUGGAUGGGAGCUAGUCAGGAUUCAUCGGGAUCCACACGCGGCGCAGUCGAGUAACUUGGUUGCACGGCCUAUCUUCUGA